UGAAUUUCCUUGUUUUCUCUUUUUCUCUUUUUACUCGCUAUGCUACUAAAAAUGAAACUUGUGCUGCUGCUGCUGUUCAUGCUUUCCAGUGUUUCCUUACGUGAGAUGGCACACGGUGGAGAAGAAGAUGAUGAUCUAGAGUUGGAAAGGCAAGUUAAUCUGAUGCACAGGCCACCGGUCAAGACAUUUGUGACCGAGGAAGGAGAUACAAUCGACUGUGUCAAAAUUAACAAGCAGCCGGCACUCGAUCAUCCUCUACUGAAGAAUCAUAGAGUCCAGGCCAAACCGAAUUUGUAUUACGCUCGCUUCGGAAGAACAUCACCAAGUGCAAAACCACAGUAUAGGUCCCGAAAACCUUGUCCUGUUGGAACAGUACCGAUUCCGAGAGUGACCAAGGAAGUUCUGGUUAGGGCAAGAUCCUUGCCAAAGAUGCCAUCAGUUGUGGCUACAGGACCAGAUUUCCCUCCUUCUAAUCAACAUGUGGUUUCUAUCAGAGACAACAUGGUAAAGAACAUCAAAUACGGAGGUGGUGGAGGCACGACUCUCUACAAUCUUACCGUUGCUCGUGAUCAAUGCAGUUUCCAUAAUAUAUGGAUCGAAACCGGUCCUUCAAAUCAUAUUAGCAUGAUCAUAGCGGGUUGGUCGGUUUGUCCACGGCUCAGCGGUGAUGCACUUCCCCGGUUGUUCACAUACUGGACGGGCGAUGGCUUUCGUAAUGGAUGCUAUAACGUGUUGUGUCCAGGCUUUGUCCAGGUACAUAGGACAAUAACCAGCAAUUUUCCAUUACAGCCCGCUUCUGUUUAUGGUGGACAGCAGUCUGAACUUAUAAUGUAUAUCCAACAGGACAUGUAUACUGGGAAUUGGUGGUUGAAUGUGUUCUAUCCGCCGAUUGCGGUGGGUUACUGGCCAAAGGAAUUAUUCUUGAAUUUACGCAACGGCUCACUGCAUGUAGCUUGGGGAGGAAUCGGGCUAGCUGGAAGCAACGGAGUUUGUCCGCCGAUGGGAAGUGGACACAAGCCCGACGGCGACUAUACGCAUGCAGCAUGCUUCCGAGGACUCCAUUGGACUAGCUCAGGUGGCAAAUUCUAUACCCCAAUGAAAGAGGCCGAGUGGGUGGAUAGAUCCAAUGUCUAUGACUUGAAAAAUGAUCACUACCAGGAAAAAACGGGGUAUACAAUAACUUAUGGUGGUCCUGGAGGUCAUUGCAGCGGAUAGAAAGAGGAAGAGCUACCUUGACAUGACAGUUAGUGAUGGUCAAUAAGCAUGAACUUUCAUGCAUGCAUAAUUAUGUUGGUGGAAAUGAUGUUUAUGUUGUGUAUCUGAUGAUAUCGAGGGUUCUCUGGUUUCUGUCACUGGGAGUUGGGACAGGAGCUUAUGAUGUAAGUUCAGAAACAGCAAUACUGAGCAUUUUUAUUAUGCAGAAUCCUAUAUCAUCUCAAGAUACAGCAACCGAUCAUUUUUGGCUAAUGAAUGGAAGACUCAUUCAU